AUGGCCCCUACCUUCACCAACUCCAACGGUUGUCCAAUCCCUGAGCCUUUCGCCACCCAAAGGGUCGGUCAGCACGGUCCUUUGCUUUUGCAAGACUUUAACCUUAUCGAUUCUCUUGCCCACUUCGACAGAGAGAGAAUUCCUGAGAGAGUUGUCCACGCCAAGGGUUCCGGUGCUUACGGUACCUUUGAGGUGACCGAUGACAUCACCGACAUCUGUUCUUCCAAGUUGUUUGACACUAUUGGUAAGAAGACCAGAACUUUCACCAGAUUCUCCACCGUCGGUGGUGAGUCCGGUUCUCCUGAUGCUGCCAGAGACCCAAGAGGUUUCUCCACCAAGUUCUACACUGAGGAGGGUAACUUGGACUGGGUUUACAACAACACCCCAGUUUUCUUCAUCAGAGACCCAUCUAAGUUCCCUCACUUUAUCCACACCCAGAAGAGAAACCCAGAGACUCACUUGAAGGAUGCCAACAUGUUCUGGGACUACUUGUGCAGCAACCCUGAGUCUAUCCACCAGGUUGUCAUUUUGUUCUCUGACCGUGGUACCCCAGCCUCUUACAGAGAGAUGAACGGUUACUCUGGUCACACCUACAAGUGGUCUACCAAGAACGGUGACUGGAAAUACGUCCAGGUCCACUUGAUCUCUGACCAAGGUAACAAGGGUUUGACUAACGAGGAGGCUGGUGCCAUGUCUGGUUCCAACCCAGACCACGCCCAGGAGGACUUGUUCAAGAACAUUGCCAAGGGUAACUUCCCAUCUUGGACUUGUUACAUCCAGACCAUGACCGCUGAGCAGGCCAAGAAGGCUCCAUUCUCUGUCUUUGACUUGACCAAGGUCUGGCCACACAAGGACUACCCAAUGAGAAGAUUCGGUAAGUUGACCUUGAACGAGAACCCAAAGAACUACUUCGCUGAGGUUGAGCAGGCUGCUUUCUCUCCUUCCCACUCUGUUCCAUACCAGGAGCCAUCUGCUGACCCAGUCUUGCAGUCGAGAUUGUUCUCUUACCCAGACACCCACAGACACAGAUUGGGUGUUAACUACACUCAGAUCCCAGUCAACUGUCCUGUCACUGGCGCUGUCUACAACCCACACAUGAGAGAUGGUUCUAUGAAUGUCAACGGUAACUUGGGCUCCAAGCCAAACUACCUUGCUACUUCUGAGCCACUUCAGUUCCGUGAAUUCAGCCAACAGCAGGACCAGGAGGUGUGGACCGGUGCCGCAUGCCCAUUCCACUGGAAGGCUACUGACGGUGAGUACGCUCAGGCCAGCGCUUUGUACAAUGUCUUGGCUAGAUACCCUAACCAGCAAAAGAACUUGGCCCACAACGUCUCCGUGCACGUCUCUGCUGCUGACCCACCAAUCCAGGACCGUGUCUUCGAGAUGUUCUCUAAGGUCCACCCAGACCUUGGUGCUGCCAUCAAGAAGGAGACCUUGGAACUCGCUCCACGUAAGUAA